CCGAUUGAGAGCGAACCACAAAUCCUGAUCAUCCCUCCAGCGGGCGCCAUAAACUUCCAGAAAGGCUUCCUCGGCGCGGACAAUGAGAAGGCCGCCGUCGAGGGCGAACUGCAGAUUAAGGGCGCGCAGCCAGGUGCUUGGGACAAGGUGACGAUAACGCUGCGCAGCGCUGAGGCGGCGUACGCUCGCGAGAUCGAGCUGUCGAGGCAGGAGAUCGUUGUGUUCGAGCGCACCCCCAAGAUCGAUGCUCUACCGUCUUCCAUCCCCUUCGCACUCCCCCUCACGGACGACACAGCUCAGUCCAUCAUGACACCUCGCUCCUCCCUAUCCCAUCGACUAUCUGUCACCCUGCACCCGACUGACGCGAGCAGGCCGCCUGUCAUUCAGUCCCUCCUCGUGCACACUCGCCGCUACACCUCGCACUCCCACUCUGUCGCCAUUGCGCCCGAGACGCACUGCUUACAAGAGCCUACGCGUGUGGAGGUGCAGGUUCCCCGCACGACCUUCUUCGCCGGCGAGCCCAUCCCUGUGUACGUGACUGUACCUCCACCAUCUAGGGAACUCGUCAUGGACCGCGGUCUGCGACUACGCAAUGUACGCGCUGAGCUUGUGCGGGUGAUCAAGGUCAAACGCGAAGAAGACGAUCCAGAGGACGAGGGCAACGAGGACAUGAUGGGCUUCGAUGAUCUCGGCGUCUCCAAAGAUGCAGAGGCAUCUUCCCUCGUCGUGCAUGAACCAUCGACCUCGACGUCCCAUAAUCCGGUCUCGCCGCUAUUCAUGGGUUCCUCACAUCGCACAACCCUCGCACGGUCAGGCGCCUCCUGCCGCUUCCACUCCUCGCGAAAAGUACAGCUGCGCUUCGUUCUCCACCAACAGUCCUUCCAGGGCUCUCCCUCCGACUUCCCCGUCUCCCUACCUCCCGCUGAACAGCAGCACAGCGACGCAGACUGCCCACCCAUCACGCAACACACCCUCCUGCACAGCAUCACCUUCAAGAUCAACACCCACAUCUCCUUCGUCGACGUCGCGGACCCGGACCACCGCAGGGAGCGCAUCAGCACGGUGUCCAUUCCCGUGCUCAUCUUGCCCCCGCCUGCGCCGCUGCCGGAGGUCUCGCAGGACGUGGACACGGCGUACCACAAGAAGCACGAUCGGCCACCGACGCAUACGGUGCGCGCGGAAGAAGAUAGCACGGUGCCGCAUUAUUCGGAGGGGGAAGCGGGGCCGAGCGCCAUACCUAUCGGCGCGCCGCCACCCUUCGAGGAGCGCGAGGCCCCGCCGCCGUUCUCCAUCUCGGAGGCGUCGACGUCUUCUGGCAAUCGCUUGCCCACCUUCCUGGAGUCGGAGAAUGAAAUUAUCAUGCCUCCGACUGAUGAAAGCACCCUCGACCCGCAUUAUCCGGAUGCUUUCCCCGGCGAAGGUGUUGAGUACGGCUUCAUGCCCACGGAGCAGUUCGACGGACAUUCCGAGGACAUGCAGCGACCGACCACGCCGCCUCCGACGCUGGAGAUGGCCACUCGCGACGCAGACUUGACCCAGAUUGCCGACAUUCGCGAGCCCGAGCGCGCCAUUGAAGCACUUGGGCACGUCCUCGACCAGCACGAAGAGAAUACGCGCGGCGGAGAGCCCCCACCGCCGCCACCUGCGAUGGACGACCCCUCAGAUCCGCCGCCGUCUAUCGACUCGGAUUUCCGCUCGCCAGAUGCCACGACGCGGGGCUCGCCAGCCUCAUCGUCGCCACCGCCACCGCAGCAGCAGCCUCACGUGCACGAUCCGCCACCUUAUCUGGGCCCGGAGAGCCACCGCGAGCAGGAGGAGCAUGUCACCCGGCCGCCGCCCUACAUG